AUGGCACCAGCCACUAACGAAUCAGGAAUGGUGUUCGAGGUAUUCCUGAGUUUUAGGGGACCGGAUACUCGGGACAACUUUACUAGUUGUCUCUAUCAUAACAUGAUGGAGAAAGGAAUCCGCAUCUUUAAAGACAACGGAGAGCUUCGAGUAGGCGAGAAGAUUGGAAAUCUUUUGCAAGCCCUUGGAAACACUCAAAUCUAUAUCCACAUCUUCUCCAAGGGCUUUGCUUCAAGUCCAUGGUGUCUCCAUGAGGUUGCGCAUAUGGUAGAUUGUACUUUAAAGUCAGAUGGGAAGAAGGAGAUCCUCCCAGUUUUCUUUGACGUGGAGCCAGAUGAUGUCAAGCUUAGAACCAAAUUGUACAGAGAUGCUCUGUCUGAGCAUGAGAAGAGGUAUGGGGAACCUAUAGAAUCGAUUGUUCAAGAGGUUCAACUUAAGUUGAAGGUGAAGAAUAGAUCUCUUCCUGACCAUCUAGUUAAAAUGGAUGACGAAGAAGCUAUAGAGGAAUUGUUGGAUUUUGACUUUGAUGACGUACGAUUUGUCAUAAUCCAUGGGACAGGUGGUAUUGGUAAAUCAACUCUUGCUAAGGUUAUCUUCAAUCAAUUCUUGUUCAAAUUCAACUACUCUAGUUUCCUCGAAGACGUCCAAGACUUGUCACAACGUCAUGGUCUUUUACACGUGCAAAGAAAACUGUUAUCCGACACACUAGGCUCGAACUCUAUUGAUGGAAUCCAUGAUACUAACGAUGGGAUCAAUCGCAUAAGAAAAGGACUUAGCAACAAAAAGGUUAUGGUUGUUGUUGACAAUGUGAACAAGGAGCAACUUGAGAACCUUGUAGGAAGCGACAAAUGGUUCGGCUUCGGAAGCAGGAUUAUCAUCACAGUCCGGGACAGAAGAACAAUAAUAGAUAGGACAAUGUCUGAUGAGUACAACCAAAUGGGAUCUAGCUAUUACAUGGACUACCCAAUGAAGGAGAUGUCUUUGGAUCGAGCAAUUCAGCUUUUUAGCAAGCAUGCCUUCAGAAGUGAUGCUCCUCCAAAAGAUUGGCACAAUUUCUCGAUAGAAGUCGUGUCAAGCAUAGGAAGGCUUCCUUUGACCCUGGAAGUCGUGGGUUCUCUUUUUGCCCGCACGGUGAGAUCAGAGUGGGGCGAGACAUUGAAGGACUUAAAGCAAGUCCUAUGUGAUAAAGUCCGAGACACACUGAUGAUAAGUUUUAACAAAUUGGACUGCAAAAGAAAAGAAAUAUUCCUAGACAUUGCAUGUUUUUUCACUGAGGAGGAUAAGACACAUGCAUAUUACAUGUGGGAUGAUUGCGGAUAUUCCCCACGUAGUGCAAUUGAUGAUCUUCUCCUUAUGUCGUUGAUAAAGAUCGAUGAGGACAAUAAGUUCUGGAUGCAUGAUGAACUUAAAGCCCUAGGAAGGUACAUUGUCAAGGAAGAGAGUUUUGAAGAUGCUGGAAAGCGUCGUUGGGUGUGGAUUGAUGAGAAUAUGCUAGACAUACUGAGGAACAGUGAGGAAAAACGAAGCAUACGAGCACUCGGUUUGGGUAUUAGUCAUGACUUGACCCCUGAAGAAUUAGCCUGUUUGCCAAUGUUGAAGUUCCUUAAAGGGGAAAGAAUAAAUUUUGUAGGCGACUUCAAAAAUCUUCUUUGUAGUCUAAGAUGGCUUUCCUGGUGUGAUUGCUCAUUGCAUCUUCCAGCGACAAACCUCCAUCUGGUGAAUUUAGUUGUGAUUGACCUUUCAAGGAGCAAUGUCACCCACUACUGGAGUGGAUGGAGGCAAAUCAAGUCACAGCUGAGCAUCAACAAGGAUCUGCUCUAUACAACCAAUGGACAAGAGAAGUCUCUGGAUUCAAUAAUACGAAAAGACACCCAGUCAAAAGCCAAUAAGCCUAUUGAGCACUUGCAAAAUACUAGAUCAACUCAUAUAGUUCCUAAUGUACAAGACAGUGGACUCAGUACAAUUGAUUCGAUAGAUAUACCACAAGGGAAUACAGUACCUGGUAAUGUGAUACAGACUGUUUCUAAUAAUGCAUCAGCUAAUCUUGAAUUGCCUCCUGUAGCUGCAAAUACUGAGGAACAAGAAUAUUCGAAUCAAGAAUCUGUUCCAAUACCACAAAGUGAUACAGAGCAAACUCAAACCACUUCUGCAUCAGGAAACACACAAGUUCUAUCAGUAUAUAGAGUUCUUUACCUCAUAUGCAGUUCAUCUUUGAUAUCUGUAUCUUCACAAAGCAAACAUCCAAGUAAUUCAUCCUGGAGCGCGGAUGAGAUUAUCUCGCCUUGGGAGGACGCGCAGUCCAUCAAUCGGCUUCCAUGUAGCUUAUCAAGCUUGACUCUUAGCUGGAUCCCGCAGCUGCCAGAUUUUUCCGACUUCAAAAACUUGUCGUUUCUCUCCAUCGAAGGAUGUCCGAUGCCACACUUCCCCGUCCUUAAAUACUUGGAGAGGUUAGGGGAAUUGAUGAUACUGUCAUGCAUAUUCCUGGAGAGUACACCCAAUCUAUCGUGCUUGAAGAGGCUGCGAGAGUUGCAUCUCACUGACUUACACAAACUGGCAGAGAUUCCAGGUUUGGGGGAACUGGAAUCGCUGAAGGCUAAAGAUGGAGCUGGCUCGGCAACUCUCUCGAUGGCAUAUGCUGCUGUGAAGUUUGCUGAUGCAUGCCUGCGUGGGUUGAGGGGUGAUGCGGGUAUUGUCGAAUGUGCAUUUGUUGCUUCUCAGGUAACUGAGCUUCCGUUCUUUGCAUCCAAAGUGCGCCUCGGUCGUACUGGGGCUGAGGAGGUUCUUCCUCUUGGCCCACUGAAUGAGUACGAAAGGGCUGGCUUGGAAAAGGCAAAGCAAGAGUUAGCAGAGAGUAUUCAGAAGGGCGUUUCAUUUAUCAAGAAGUGAAUGAGUUAAAGACGUUUCUUUUCGGAACGAAAGAGAUGGCCUCUCCAUAGUUUCCGGUUAUUUUCUACUCAGAAUUGGUUCUUGGGAAUAAGUGGUUUAGACCCGGGAAGAUAUCGAAGUUAUUCAGCAUAGCUGACGUAGGAAAAAACGGAGGAUUUUCUUUUCUUGAAUGUUAUGUACUCGAAUGGUGAUGUGUAAUAACGAGGUGGAAAAGAUGUUUGUAUAUUAUAGUUCUAUGUCCAUCUUUCUCGUCUU